AUGGAGGCGGGCCGCGUGGAGGCUCAUCGGGAGCUGGAGUCCCACCUCAGCGUCGCGAGGCCGCUGACUCUGGCACAGCGCCUCCUGUUCUGGUCCACGAACCUGCCCUACUGGGCUCUCCUGGCGGCCGUCUGCCUCCGGGGUGCCAGGCCGGCCAUGGGCCCAGCUCCCGUGCACUGCGUCGCCGCCUUCGCCGUCGCGCUGUCCAGCUCCCUCUUCCACAUGGUGCAGCUGCGGCUCGGAGGUCCGCUCUGUGGGAGGUGCUGCCCCACGGCGUGCCUCAAGCACCUGGGCACCCCCGCUUGCCUCACGCGCCUGAUCGUGGCGGACGUCAGCUGCGCCGCCGGCUACGGGGCAUGCCUGCUGGCGUGGGACGCCGCAUCCGUGAAGUGGCUCCUGCCGCCGCUGUUGUUUCUGUUCGGCGGUGCCUUUCUACGGCGUCAGGGGCAGGCUGUUGCCUACGCGGUUGCACAUGGCCUGUGGCAUCUUCUAUCGGCGGCGGCGUUGGCCAAAGUGGUUCUUCUGGGCACUUUUGAAGUCUGA